AUGACCAUCACCAAGGUCGUCACGAGCGACCUGUUUGAAACGGGCCCAGCGAACCAGCGUCGAUUGAUUCGCAUGAACCAGCGCUUUUCGGGGUGUGGUGACAACAGGAACCGGAAGUCGUCGAGGAUCGGAUGGUGGACGACCGAAGAGCACGACAAGUUCCUCGAGGCCAUGGAGCUGCAUCCAUUAGGUCCAUGGAAGAAGAUCGCGCAGCAAAUUGGCAGCAAGACCACUCGUCAGGUCAUGACCCACGCGCAAAAGUACCGACAACGUAUCAAGCGACGCGAA